AUGCUGCGAUUAUGGUCGAUCGCAAAGGUGCGAAUCGGGAAAGUUUCUACUUCCGAUCUGAAUUUGUGCUUUCAUGGAGUUGGCAGACGACGGUUCUCGAACAGGGGCGGCGAAAGAAGAAGGGUGAUGAGCUUCGGUGACGGAAGCCAUGGCGCUCUGGGACUGCCAUCAUCGAUUCCGGGCAUGGGAAUCGACGCCUACGAACCCACUCUUGUUCCUAACUUGRCUUCCGAUAUCUCUUUCAUAUCCGCCGGACACUACCAUUCCCUUGCCGUUACAUCUGACGGUCACAUUUGGGCUUGGGGUCGCAACGAUGAGGGCCAGCUCGGUCGAACCGCGGAUUCUGCUAGUCGAUAUUCAAGGAGUGAACCGAAGAGAGUGGAAGGUCUAGAUAAUGUGACUGUCCGGGCAGCUUAUGCAUCUGGAGUCAUUUCAGCGGCCAUCGGAGAUGAUGGCUCUUUGUGGGUCUGGGGAAGAUCCAAAAGAGGACAGCUUGGUCUUGGAAAAGGUACCAUAGAAGCUCUAGUUCCUUCAAGAGUUGAAACUUUAGCUGAAAAACACAUCGUCAAGGUAUCAUUAGGUUGGGGGCAUGCACUUGCACUUACUGUGGAUGGUAAAGUUUUCGGCUGGGGUUAUGUGGCUGAUGGAAGAAUCGGCAAUGUCGGACUUCCACUUGAGGCAUCUCUGCUGGAUUCCCUUACAAAUGGGUCGAUAAAAGAUCACCAGGCUGCUGAUUUAAAUCUUGAGGCAGCUGAAAAGAAGGUUGCGGAAGCAAUGAAAAAGGAGGGCGACAUGCCAAUAGCUUGGGAGCCUUGUCUUGUUGAAGAAUUACGUAAUAUGAAGGUAGCAGAUAUUGCGUGUGGAUCCGAUCAUUCCUUGGUUCUUUGUCAUGAUGGCACACUUUUGAGCUCCGGGAGCAACAUCUAUGGUCAGUUGGGUAGGUCAACACGAGACCUAGGAAUGUCACCUGUUGAUAUAACCGAAUCCCCAAUCUCUAUAGCAGCUGGUCUUGGUCAUUCUUUAGCUAUCUGCAACAGCGGUGAAACAAGGAUUGUCUCCUGGGGUUGGAACCGUAGUCGGCAGCUUGGUAGAGGAAAACUGGAAAACCUUCCGAGCAAAGUGGAGGGUUUGGAUGGGGAAUCUCCAGCUUCAGUAUCAGCAGGGCGUGUGCAUUCCUUGAGUGUAACAGAGAAAGGAGAAGCUUGGGUUUGGGGUUGUGGAAAGAAUGGUAGGCUCGGUUUAGGAAGCUCAAGUGAUGAGCCUGAACCGAUGUUGCUGGAGGACGUAGAGAGUUGUGUUCUUCAAGCAGUCGCCGGGUUUGAUCACAGCCUGAUCUUAGUGGCUGAAUAG